AUGUCUGCCAGUCACUUACUUCCGCGAAUGAAACGUGAAUUAGAAAUACUCGAACGUGAUCCACCUCCAGGCAUUAUCUGCUAUCCUGUCGAGGAUAAUUGCUUGCACUUGACAGCACAGGUCAAGGGUCCGAAAGACACGCCAUAUGAGGGCGGAAUAUUCAAAAUAGACGUACAAAUUCCUGGACAUUAUCCAAUGGAGCCUCCUAAAAUGCAAUUUAUUACGCCAAUAUAUCAUCCAAAUAUCGACGAAGCUGGAAGAAUUUGUUUGGAUACACUCAAAAUGCCUCCAAAAGGUUCGUGGAGACCGUCACUCAAUAUCUCGACGACGUUAACAUCAAUAAGCAUUCUUAUGGCAGAUCCGAACCCCGAUGACCCAUUAACAGCUGAAAUUGCACAGGAAUAUAAAAUGAACAGAGAGCUGUAUAAUCGGCGAGCAAGAGAAGCUACUAUCAAACAUGCAGUUGCGGAUAUAAAGAACGAUUGCGAGAAGGUAUCAUCUUGA